GUAGUGGGUCUCGUGCUCUGAGAGCCGCGUUCCUUCCCCUGACUGAAGAGGCGUAGUUCCUCUUGGUUUUUGCUCACUCUGCGACUUCACCGACACAAAUUUCCGCUUCCUGCACCGAUAAACACCCGGAGCCCAGCACACACGGAGCCGACGCGAAGUUUAAGCGAGGACGGAGACGACGGGCUUUCGCUCGCCCCGCUUUCGGGUACAAACUCCGCCAAACGUCGGGCAUGUUUUACACCGUUUGUCGUUGAUUAGCACCACACGGAGCAACUUUCCGUUAGCGCUCGCGAGCGUUAACACGUCUGCUGCAGUUGGAGGUUAAAUAAUUUUAAGACCCUGCAAAGGAGAGAAGGACUGACGCUCUCAAGAAGGAGGACUCAUUCGGGUGGCUACCCCACCGCUAUCGUUAUAUACAACUGAAAGACACCCCAAUUUUCAGCCUCCAGGAUGUCGGAGCGAGGAGGGCUCCCGCGGACUGGGGGCGUCCCUUCGCCGCACAUGCAGCCCUCCAAGCCGGUCAGCAUCACCUCCAACCGGCCCGUCCAUAUGAACCUCUACGCCACCUGGGAGGUCGACCGAUCCUCACCCAGCUGCGUGCCGAGGCUAUUCAACCUGACACUGAAGAAGCUGAUCAUGCUGAAGGAGCUGGACAAAGAUCUCACUUCGGUGGUCAUUGCCGUCAAGCUGCAGGGCUCCAAACGGAUCUUGCGCUCCAAUGAGAUCCUGCUCUCCUCGGCAGGACUGACGGAGACCGACUUGCAGCUCACCUUCUCCCUGCAGUACCCACAUUUCUUGAAGAGAGAUGCCAACAAGCUUCAGAUCAUGCUGCAGCGGCGGAAGAGAUACAAGAACCGGACCAUCCUGGGCUACAAGACCCUGGCUCUGGGGCUCAUCAACAUGGCCGAGGUGAUGCAGCACCCCAGCGAGGGGGCCCAGGUUUUGGGGCUCCACAGCCAGCUGAAGGACGCUUCUGUCCCGGUCGCCGAGAUCAGAGUCUACUCCCUGUCCAGCCAGCCCAUCGACCACGAGGGACCCAAAGCGAAGAUGUCUGAUCGCUCCCCAGACAUCGACAAUUAUUCUGAAGAAGAGGAAGAGAGCUACUCAUCCGAGCAGGAGGGCAGCGACGACCCUAUUCAUGGGCAGUAUCUGUAUGACGAAGACGACGAGGUGAGGAAGAAGAAGCCGCGGCGUAAGCUCCCUCCCAACGCCAGCAGCACCAGGCAACCCAACAUCAAGCAGAAAUUUGUUGCCUUGCUGAAGAGGUUUAAAGUCUCUGAUGAGGUUGGUUUCGGUUUGGAGCACGUGUCGAGGGAGCAGAUCCAGGAGGUGGAGGAGGAUCUGGACGAGCUCUACGACAGCCUGGAGAUGUACAACCCCAGCGACAGCGGGCCGGAGAUGGAGGAGACCGACAACCUCAGCACACCAAAACCCAAGCUCAGGCCGUUUUUUGAAGGAAUGUCUCAGUCCAGCUCGCAGACGGAGAUCGGCAGUCUGAACAGCAAAGGCAGUCUGGGCCGAGAUACGUUCAGUCCACAGGGGGAGCAGCCUCCCCUGGAGAAGAUGAAACCCUCCCGCAGUCGCAACCUGGACGAGAUCCCAUCAGAGACGGACACACUGGAGCUGACAGACCAGGAGCUUUUUGCCGAAGUUGGCCCAUACAUUACAGUGUCUGUGGCAGAGAAACCCCGUACGCCCCUGAAAAGCAGCAAAAAUGAAAUGCAGCCCAUAGCAUCUCCAAGACUGGAUGGAGGCCACACGCCCAGGCAGAAGCGCAGCAGCAACACGCCCAUGAAGGAGAGGCAGCUGUCCAAGCCUCUGAGCGAACGCACCAACAGCUCCGACUCGGAGCGAUCCCCGGAGCUGGGACACAGCACGCCGGUACUGAGGAAAGUCGUGUACGAUCAGCUGAACCAGAUUUUGUUAUCGGACUCUGCCCUUCCUGAGAGCCUCAUCUUGGUCAACGGCACAGAUUGGCAAGGGCAGUUUGUUGCCGAGCAGCUUCAAGGACAGAGACACCCGGUGGUCUGCACGUGUUCACCCGCUGAGAUCCAGGCGGUGCUCUCUGCUGUGCUCACACGCAUACAGAAAUUCUGCAACUGUAACUCCUCCAUGCCCAGAGCAGUGAAGGUGGUGGCUGUGGGCGGCCAGAGUUACCUGGGAGCCAUCCUGCAGUUCUUCGUCACUCAGCUGGCCAACAAAACCUCUGACUGGCUCAACCACAUGCGCUUCCUGGUGGUUCCUCUAGGAUCGCAUCCAGUCGCUAAGCACCUCGGAUCCCUUGACAACCGCUACAGCUCCUCCUUCCUAGACGGAGCGUGGAGAGACGUGUUCAGCCGUUCCGAGCCGCCUCAGACUGAUCAGCUGGACGUUUCUGGAAGGAUCAGUCAGUACAUCAGCGGCGCCUCAGUCACUCACCAGCUGCCCAUCGCAGAAGCAAUGCUGACCUGCAAGCACAAAACGCGGGAAGAAGAAUCUUACCAGAAGUUCAUACCCUUCAUUGGGGUUGUGAAGGUCGGCCUCAUCGAAUCUGCGAGCUCGCCAACAGGAGAUUCAGAGGAGGGUGUUGGAGUCAGCUUGGCCGUCCCCUCGACGUCUCCGCCAUCUCACGGCUCCCCCACAGGGAUGAUCAAAGAGGCAGCCACGCCCCCCUCGUCUCCGUCCAUGGGCAGCGUCCUCACUGUGCAGGGGAGCCCCAGCAUGCCUCACGGUGUGGACGCCAUCGGCCUGCAGGUGGACUACUGGCUGGCGUCGCUGGCGGACAAGCGGCGGGAGGGCGAGCGACGCGACACGGGCUGCAAGAACACGCUGAAGAGCGCCUUCCGCUCGCUGCAGGUCAGCAGGCUGCCAGGAGGGGGCAGCAGCGACUCACAGACCCUGGUUAACACCAUGGCCAUGACCGUGGUCACCAAGGAGAAGAACAAGAAAGUUCCCACCAUCUUCCUGGGAAAGAAGCCCAAAGAGAAGGACAUGGACUCCAAGAGCCAGGUGAUCGAGGGCAUCAGCCGCCUCAUCUGCUCCGCCAAGCAGCAGCAGACCAUCCUGAAAGUGUCCAUAGACGGCGUCGAGUGGAACGACGUCAAGUUCUUCCAGCUGGCCGCGCAGUGGCCCACUCACGUCAAGUACCUGCCGGUCGGACUUUUCGGCUACAGCAAGCCCCCGUCGUAGGACCGAGCUUUAAACUCCUCCACCUCGCCUGACUUUCUUCUCCACUCACUCUUCCCUCCCUUUUUUUUUUUUUUUAUAUUGCACAAAAGACCUGCAGAGAAGACGGGAGCAAGCAGCCGGACCAUUUUUCUUUCUUCAAUUCCACCAAAAAGAAAGGGAAAAAAAAAUCGCAUUCGUCUUAUUUCUCUAUGGAGGAGGAGGGUGCUGGAGCGCAACGCUGUUACAAGUCACUUUAAUGCUCUUUUUUUAUGUGUCUAUGUGCGGAUUAGGUGUGCAUGCACACGUGAAUGUACAUUCUGUUUGUGUGUGUGUGUGUGUGUGUGUGCGUGUGUGUGUGCGUGAGUUUACAAGGAUAUCACAGCACAAGUUUAUUAGCUAGCCGCCAUUUAUGUUUCCGUUUUAAGGAAUGCAGCAGCAUGUAAAAAAAUAAAUAACGACCCACUUUGAGCCCUUACUCUGUAAACCGGACGCUUUUAGACCUCAUCACACCACCUGAUCGACACACAACCCGCGUGCCGGAAACGGUCACUUCUGCUUCAGUUUUUUUCUGGGCGAUCAAACCAUGACGGCUCCUUCGCUCAGAAAGGCAUGAAAAAGUCAUUUCUACACAAAAAUGAAUCCACUAAUGUACUUUUUUUUUUUUUUUCAUUUCAAGGGCUUCCAUUUAGCAGUUUUUUUUCCUGUAAAAAUAAAAAAAAAAACGAUUUAGAUGUUCAAAUGCCAAAAAAAAACCGAAAGAAAAAAAAACUACAUAGAUACAAGGGGGAAGUGUCUUUUAUUUUAGAGUAGUGCCCUUGUGGAAACCAGUAAAACCUUCCCCUCUUAUUAACGCCGUAUUGUGACGCGUAGUGGUGAAUCUGACGGGCCGUUUCUCUUUCUUCUUCAACCGCUAUGCACUUCUGAACACACACGGACCAUUUGAAUGACUUCGGCCGGCGAUAAAGCGUAAUAACCUGACGAAAUAUGCAGCAGGUACGACUGCUAAGAACAAAAUGCAUGCUUCAAUAGCCCCAACAGCAUCGAAGGGAACAUGGGUAAAAAAAAAAUUUAAAAAGUGCUUUUAUUUAUUUUUUUACCGUAUCUUGUUUCUAGAUAGAAGCACAAAUGUCAGCUUAAUUUAGUAUGCCACGUCUUUUUUUUUUUUUUUUUUUUUUUUGGAAACGGUAACAACAGUAGACCUGGAGAAAAUAUCAGUCUGUGCGCAUCCACCACUUCCCCUGAGACUUCCUAAUGGCAAUUUAUUAUUGGGGGAAAUCAUUGAGUUGUUGGAGUGCAGGUCUGUUUUCUCCAGGACGUCGUGAGGUGAUUAGUGAGUCCACUGUACAGUAAGAGGUAACAAAUGUGUAUGUGACGAAUAAAACAUGACAUGAUCAAAAGCCUCAAGGUUUAAAAAAAAAAACAAAAAAAAAACAAUAAUAAUCAAAAAGUAUGAUAAAUAGUUUUCUAUAAUGUGCUGGGAUGAUGUGUAGUGUGUGUUUUUGUGUGUGUGCGUUGAUGAUGAUGUGGUGAUUAUCGAUAUCACUGAUUAUCUGAUUAGGGCUGCAGAAGCUGCAGUGGUCAUCUUGUUCACUUUGUAGCUGCACACAAGGCAAAAUGCUGGAGUUGACCUUUUUAAAAAGAAAAGAAAACCCAGCAAAUAUAAAUAAACUAUAGAAAUUCUCCAAAUAUAACUAUCUAUUCAAAAUGAUUUAGGAAAAACGCAUCGCCUUGUGUCGUCUACAUCGUAACACUCUACGUCGCCACUGAAGUAUUACAGAAAAUAGUUUUUUAAAAUAGUGUUAAUGCUGAUCUCUUUAUUUAAAAUAGUUUAUUUGACAAUAGAGAGGAUUAUAUAUAUAUUUUCUCUGUGUUGAUGUUACAGUGUCACAGUUGUGAUGUCAGCAGCAUGUGUCUUUUCUUUUUUUUUGACGCCACCUGAUGUGUGAAUCUUCUCAGUUAGCAGAUCACACUCUGCUCCUGAUCGAUUUUUAAUAAGUUGUUCUUCAUGUCUGAAUGUAUCUUCUUUGGUUGCUCUUCACUGAGUUUUAGAAAUGAAAUAUCCCACAGAUUAUGCUUUUGGCAAGCCAGUCUUCCUGAACUUGACUUUUCACUUCAUUUUGACUGAGAGUUUCGUUUUUUAGUCGUCCCCGAACAUCAGAUACUGUUGUUAUGCUGUUGAUUCGACCCAGGUGUUGCUCAAACUAAACCUGAGCUCAAGGUUUCAUUCCAAACUUGACGCUACAGAAACACUAGGCUUUAAUGUGGUGUUUUUCCAAAAGAAAACUACGCUAAAUAAAAAAAAAAUAAUAAUAAUAAUCAAUAUCUAAAGUUUGUAGCAAAUGCACGGAAACAAGUUUUGGAUCCUCAAGUUCUGAACUCGAGCAAUGUGUGUGUUUUGUUUACUGUUUUCAUUUUAAAUCAUUUAAGAAAAAGUAUACGACUAUACACUGUACCAAACUAACACUUUAUUUAAACUCUGCCGUGUAUAGGCUUUAAAACCGCGUAACUUUAAAGUACAGUCAAAUCUCUAUAUGAUCUCCUUUAGUGUCAUAAACUGCAAUAUUCAAUUUUCUUGGCGCCAACAACAGAUGUUUUGUCCCAAAGAACAUCCUGCAGAUUUUGUAGAUGGGUUUGCUGAAGGGCUAGGCUAAGGUUAGCUAGCAUCUGUAGUCUGUUUUGACUUGACUGGUAACAUCUUUCGGUGUGAUUCCAGUUAAUUGUCGACACAUUAAAGAGAUACUGAAAAGCUGUUUCCCUUCUGCUUUAGAAACCGAGCGCUCCGCCUCGAUCGACAUGCAUCUUAAUGAACGGCGUUUCAGCUGCUCUCUACUCAGUUUUCCCUGAAGCCACAUCUUUGUAGACGCACCUAGCAGACUGAAGAGAAGCUGCAGCAGCAGUCAGUACAGUCUCUUCCUCUUCUUCACUGUGAGCAUCGUUGCAAAAGAUUCAAAGCACUUGAAUGUUCAUGGUCACCAUUUUUAAAAAGAGGCUGAAUAAAUUGUAGUUGACGAAGUAGCGUUCAGUUGCAUAACCCAUCUUCCUGACUCUUUUAGUUUCUAAGUUAUGCAGAUAUCUUUUAUGUUCACGAAGCGAUUGUAAGACAAUUGUUAAAAACUAAUAUUCAGCUUGGUUCUCACUGCCCCAAACUGGCCAGUCAAUUCUUGGUAAUAUGAGAGAAUUAUUCACCGAAACAGGGAAGCCUAAAACUUGAACACCAUUUUGCCUUCUAGCAACUUUCUCCAAUUUUGCUCCUACUUCUGACAAGUCUAGAUUAAGCUGUUAAAGGAUUUGGUAAAUUUGAGAAAUUGGACAAAAUGUCUGCAUUUGGAAUGAAAUCAUCAGUGUUUUUACAUCACCGUUGGAGAUUUAUGACCUAAAGCCCAGUUGAGAGCAACAGUUUGUACUCUUGUCAAAAAUGUUUUGUGUUCAGGUUAUUGCAACAAUUUGGUUUUGUUAUUGAUUCAUUACUCCUCUGUUUGCACCCUCAGAAGGAGGCCAGAGGUCAACAUAAAUUGGAAAUAUCUCACUGAAAACUGCUCAAGAAUGAACAUCUUAAUUAUUAUAAUAAUAUUUUCAGGUUUUUUUGUUUUUUUUGCUAUAUUUUCUUGGACUUUGUCCAAAACAGUGUUUACCGUCAUUUCAGCGAAGGGCAAAUUGCCUAAUGUUUCCUACAGUCUCUCUGGAGACGCUGGUUGUUCUGUGCGUAAGUCGUCAACUUGUUCCUCUACCUGUACCUCUGUGUUUGUGUCAACCAGUGAUUGUCGCCGUGGUUCCUCUGUCUGUGGUUGGAGAUUACGAGCCGUUCCGUGUGUCUGUAAUCUCUUUCUCUCUCUGUGUGUGUGAUCAGCAGAUUGGUCUUUUUCACCAGACUUCCACAAGCUCACCUCCCUGGGAAAAACACACUGUCCCCUAUUCCUUCGCAGCUUGUAAAUCGCCCAUCUGUCCUCAGAGGAACUGGGGGGGUUUACUUGUUCAAAGCUUUCUGCCUGAAGAGGUUUUGCUGGGAGCAGAGCCUCCUGAGCUUGUGGACUUGUGAAGAGUAUUUUGCACAUAACAUUUUUCUUCAGCAGCAAUUUUUUUUUUUUUUGCCUUCUGCCUAUAACAGCAGUUGUAAUAAACCAACUAUUAUGCUUGUACAUACAAGAUAGUACUUGAUAUAUUUUUUUGUUUCAUUAUGUUUUUGUUCAUUCUACAUGUUUUGUAGUACUGCUUUUUUCCAUGAUUGCGUCUGUCUGUAGAACAGAUGUGGGGUCAACAGUGAAAGUGCUCAUUAUGUUUGUUUUUUAAAAUAAAGAUAUUCCUCGUUUGUA